AUGCAUGAGCCGUCAAUACGGGAACGGGUCUCGAAAGACGUUCAACCUGACUCUGGCUCGCUCGUGAGCACAUCGACAGCCACGAACGCGGGGCGCGCUGCCCCUUGGACGAGUGUUCCGAGCAGUGAGGGUGCGUGUGCCGCUCCCACUGGAACCGACGGUAGCUCGAUUUUUACACAACGUAAGCAAUCGCAGCUUGAUGUGACCUAUCUUUUGGCCGCACAGGCGAAACCCGGGCAGCCCCACGAAGUUGCCGGCGUCCCAGAGCCUGAGUUCGAUGUUCUUACGCGGUUUCGCUCGGAGCUCGCGCGAGAGACGCCGGCAGCUCCGGCGGCUGUCCACGUGCUCACCGAUCUGAUACGAUGUUCUCGCUCGGAAACCAUUUAUGGCCUUGAGCUAGAAGUCAGACGCGCCUGCGACAAGAUGAUCUCGUACGCUCGUUCGAGUGAACUCUCCGUGAGGGCUGCGUGCGAGCUUUUUGUGAAGUUCAUAACAAGGACCUCCUUCGACUUCCCGGACUUUGCGGAGUGCAAGAUGCGGCUAAUUCAACGCGGCGAGCACUUUCGCGCAAUGACGGACACGUGUCGGGAACGUAUUGCUGUUUUCGGUGAGCCCUUCAUUCUCCAGGGAAGCAAUAUCCUUACUCAUGGUGGAUCACGUGUGGUAUUCAGCAUUAUCGAGCGCGCGGCUCGCAUGAAACGAAAGCAGUUUCGUGUUGUGGUCGUAGAAGGCCGCGGUCGCCAUGAUGCUGCGCUUUCUUCGGGGAUGACGGCCAAAACGUUGCGUUUCUGUUGCGACGUCAUGCGUCUCGGUAUUCAGGUCACCAUCAUUCCUGACAGUGCGGUUCCUGCUGCAAUGGAAGUCAUUGAUAUCGUGCUUUUGGGCGCUGAAGCGAUCGCCGAGAGCGGCGCCGUCAUCAAUCAGGUCGGUAGCCUGGGCAUCGCCCUCGCGGCAAAGACUUUCAAUGUUCAGGUUUUCAUCGCUGCAGAAUCAUACAAGUUCGUGCGCAUUUACCCACUGACGCAACGCGACAUUAGUAAGACUGAUUCGGACCACGCGCCACGAUCCUACAGACAAAUGACGCGCCACGAGGAGAUUCCCAAACAGUUGCAGUUCGAGUGCCCACCCAGUGACUUGACUCCGGGGUCGUACAUACAUCUUUUAAUCACGGAUCUUGGGGUGCUUACGCCUGCAGCCGUCUCCGAGGCGCUGAUGAAAAUGUAUCAUUAA